AUGGUAGAAAGUACAAAAUUACUGGAAGAAAAUUUAAGAGAAGCAGCUUGUUUUGGAAAUUUAGAUAAAGUUCGCGAUUUAAUACGAAUCGGUGUUAAUGUAAAUGCACAACAUGACAUUAAUGGAUGGUCAGCAUUGCACUGGGCCGCACAUAGAAAUUAUUUGAACGUCGUUGAUAUUUUAUUAACGUACGGUGCAGAUAAAUCAAUUUUAACAAAAAAAGGAGAAACUCCAUAUCAAUUGACUUCAAAUAAAGAAAUACAAUUAUUGUUAGAAGGUGUAACGUCAAAUAGAGAACAGCAAAGGCUACCCAUUAUUCCUAAUUAUAUAGAAAAUCCACCAUUAAAUUUUCAAACAAAUAGUGGAGUUAUUACCAAAACUACUUCAAAUAGUAAUAAUAAUAAUAAGGAAGUUAAUGUAGAAGGAGAAAUAGUAUUAAAAGUAAGAAUAGCUGAUUCGGAUGAACCUGAUUUCAUAGAAAUUGACAUACCAAAAUCGGAAUUAACUUAUUUGAAAUUAAUCGAGACUUGCUGCCAAGAGUUAUGUAUAACACCGAAUGAUAUUAUUAAAGUAAGAAAAUUACCUAAUACUAUUUUAAGAAAAGAUAAAGAUGUGAUGAGGUUAAAAGAUUUUCAAGAAAUUGAAAUAAUAAUGAUAAAAUCAUUGAAACAAACUCCCAUUCAAAAAUCAAUUUUUGUUAAUCGAAAUCAAUAUGAAUCAAUAUCGACAAAAAAAGAUCAAACCGUUUUGUAUUAA